UUUAGAUGCAAAGCAAAAUGGGUCAUAAUCUCAGAAUCAAUAUGCCAUCAACUCUCUACUGCUUUUAAACAGUCAAUUUUGCCUACCACUAACAGUAGUUUUUUUUUUUUUGGGAAGUUAUGGUGGGGGGAAAUGGCCCUCUUAGGUGUUCUAUCUUUUCCCUAAAAAAGACAGAAAAAAAAUGAAAGCUUUCUUCUUCUGACAUUUGAACAAUGACUUGUCACUCAAACACUACCAACAAAACCUUCUAAUUUCAAACCUGUUUCCUCCUUUGAACUUUAAAACCAAUUCAAAUGCAUUCAAUAUCUCGUACCAAACCCUUCUUUACAUACCAAAACCCUCAUCUUCCUCUCACUACAGUCACUGAAUUCUCUAGCUUCUUCCUGCAACAUUUAUCAAAUUUACUUAAAAUCUUCUUCUUUAUCAAAUAUUUUCUUGUUCAGCUUGACAGCCAUGGAACAUAAUACCAGUCUUCAACCCCAUGUUAUUAUUAUGCCCAGUCCAGGUAUGGGUCAUCUCAUACCAGUCACUGAAUUCGCUAAACGCCUCGUUCUGGAUCAUGGCUUUUCAGCAACACUCAUCAUUGCAAAUCAAACUAAUUCUCCAUUCAAAGCAGUAAAACAAGCUCUGGAACUGAAUUCUUUACCAAAUUCAAUCAAUACCAUCUUUUUACCUCCAGUUGAUAUAAGUGAUUCUGAGAUCGAGGCUCAGAUGAGCGCAACAGUGACGCGAUCUCUUCCUGCGCUUGCUGAAUCCAUUCGAGCUAUUACUGCAAGUCACAGAGUCGUCUCCUUUGUCUGUGAUCUUUUCUCUACGGAGUCGAUUGCUAUUGCUAAUGAAUUUGAUAUCGAUGCUUACAUUUUUUCAACAUCAACUGCUAUGCUGCUGUGUUUGUGUUACCAUUUACCCAAACUGGACAAAACUUACUCUUGUGAGUUCAGAGAUGUACCUGAAAUGAUUCAGAUUCCGGGUUGUGUACCGAUCUGGGGAAUCGAUCUUCUGAGGCCAUUAAGAGAUCGGAAAACAGAGACUUAUGCAAGUGUGAUACAUUAUUGGAAGAAGCUGAGUUUGGGAAAAGGCAUCUUCAUCAAUAGCUUUGAGGAGAUUGAACAUGGUGCUAUUGAGGCUUUGAAUGGGAAACAAUGGGACAAUCCUCCCGUCUACCCAAUUGGACCACUAAUCAGAACAACGGGUGUGCACAAUGAUGGAUCGGAUGAGUCAGGUUGUCUGAAGUGGUUGGACAAUCAAUCACAAGGUUCUGUUCUGUUUGUUUCGUUCGGCAGCGGUGGAACCCUCUCAGGUGAGCAACUAACAGAAUUGGCUUUAGGGUUGGAAAUGAGUGAACAAAAAUUCCUGUGGUUUUUCACAAGUCCUACACCUAGUGGAAAGGCUGCUAAUGCAUCUUACUUGUGCGCUCAAAAUUCUGUGGAUCCCUCUGGAGUGUUACCUAAAGGGUUUUUGGACAGAACCCAAAAUUCAGGUUUGGUUGUUUCUUCAUGGGGACCACAAAUUCAAAUCCUGGAGCAUGGAUCAACUGGUGGGUUUUUAACCCAUUGUGGGUGGAACUCAACCCUGGAAAGCAUCGUGCAUGGAGUCCCCUUAAUUGCAUUCCCACUCUUUGCAGAGCAGACGAUGAACGCAGUGAUGCUCACUAAUGAUAUGAAAGUAGCUAUAAGGCCGAAACCAGUGAAAAAUGGUAUUAUAGGACGUGACGAGAUUUGUAAGGUUGUCAAGGAACUUAUGGAAGGUGAAGAAGGAAAGAGACUUAGGAGUAAGAUGGAAGAACUUAAAUGUGCUGCGACUAGCACAUUGGCUGAAGCUGGCUCCUCAGCUAUAGCAUUUGCUAAGGCGGUGAAAGCCUGGAAAAAUUACUAGUUAUCUUGCAUUGACAAGUAGAAAUAAAGAACCAGCCAUGAGGGAAAUGAAGCUGCAGAACCUAGAAGGAUGUCUAGCAUUCAUAUACAGUACGUAACUACUAAUGAUUCUUCAACCUCCAGAGUUGAAACAGUUUUAUAUUGAAUAUUUGUAAUUCAUCUCUGUGUUGAGAAUGACCAGCAAAUUCGAAUACUAAAUGGAAAUUAAACUUGGGUCUGAC